GAUGCCUUCCUCUUGAUCAAAACUUCUCAGCAACGUCUUCCACGGAUUUACUGAAUCCAGCCCUCAGCUGCAAGACAGUAUUCUCUCUGUUUUCUCCUCUGCUCUGCUUUGGCCUGCCCACCGAAACCCGUAGUCUUGUCGUCUCGUCAUCUCGUCAUCUCGCCUGCAACCAAUAACUUCAUCCAAGUGCUCAGGCGUCCCUAUCACACCUGCCUCAUAUACCAGCCCCGCACUCAUCAGCCGCCGUCGACAAACUUUCUUCUGCCUUCCCGUAUUCUGUCAUCCUCAGAUUUGCCAAGUCACCGUGGUAAACUCGAGGGAUGACGUGAGUUAGCGAGGGGUCAUCUUACGCCGCGUAAUGGAACAGCUUGGAUCACCCGCUCCUAUCACCGAUACGACUGAAGCUAUACCAGAAGCCACUACAGCCCAACCACCAACCAACAACCAGCAAGCACUACCCGCACCUACACGCGGUGCCGCGACUUCGAGUUCGGUACCAACUCUUCGCUUUCCUCGCCCUGUGGGGGAUAGACGGCUUACCAACUGGGUCUCUUCGAGUCAGCCAGACAUCAUGCAUACCCCCAGCUUCUCCGACGGCAACCCACACGAUGCUAGCAUCACCGAUGGCUACGAGGUCAUAGGAACUGACGGCGAAAGCCACUCCGAAGCCACGGCCUCGUCCUACGGACACGCCACUUCCGAGGUGGACGACGAUGUCCAGAGCCUCGCUGAUACCGACACCGGUACCGACGCUUUCACCAACGACGUCGACACCGACUCUUCUGACGAUGACGGCGAAGAGGAGAACCUGGAACACACAUUCGAGCCUGUCGACGAAAGCGCGGCUGAGACCGAUGAAGAAGAAGAUGAGAUCGAUAUGACCGAGGCGGAACGAAGCCUGGAACACCCCACCGAGCUGUUUACCCCAGACUCGACCCACCUCUCUCGAAGGGCAUCUUUCUCAGACCAAGGCCGUUCUGAUCUGCAGGUUGAACGAGCAGCACUCGCUGUGGCUGGUUUGGCUCGAGGACCGACUGCUGCCACAGCCACCAACCAGUCAAGUGACACGACCAAGGGUGAUACCGCUAAAGCUGAUACGGAGCGCUCAAAAGACCGCAAGUCAUGGGCAAACCUGUCUGUUCGUGAUCUUUACAAGAACACUGCAGAGUACCUUCAGAACAAUGCUCUGCAGCAACGCGUAGUAGGGUUCUUGGCGAUCGCUAUCUUGCUCGUUGCCAGCACAAAUAUUGGCCAGUACAUGAAAAGCAACCUGUUAACUGAGACGGGGGUUUUGACUACUGUGCCUGUAGCCUCUGUGUCUUCGGCCAUAACACCUUCAGCAACAGAGGUCAUCGUUGCCACAUCUACCGUGACAUCAACAGUUACUUGGACCAAAACCCAGUCCCUUGCCUUGCAGACGACAGGCUCCUCCAAGAGCGUAGCUAGUAUCGCGCCCGGCUCAGCUUUGCACGUACGACAAAGGCUAUGUUCGGCCAGCGUUCAUGGCCGGAACGAGAUAUUGCUCAGAGCACCCCCGCAAUUCAAAUCUUCGUGGCUUGCGAAACACGCUGUCAUGAUCUCCGUCAGCCGUGGAGCCCAUGAUACCUCGUCAAAGGCUGCCAAGAUUACGGCGGUUGAUGAGGGUUUCAUCAUCGAAGUGGCGCAUGGUGAAGCCUACGGUGUCCUCGAUGUCUCUAUUGCUACCACCCGCAAACCGAAGAUCCAGGAAACCUUCGAGGUCAACUUUGGCAACUUCAUCAUUGUGGAUGCCCUAGAUGCUGGGAAGCAGCUCGUCAAGGACUUUGCGCAGAGUGUUGUUGACACAAUCAAUGGUACAACGGCCUGGGUUGAAGAGACCUGUAGUCCUGCCUUUGACUUGAUGUCGAAACCAGCUUCUGUCGCCAACCCUAUCUUGCAAGGAUUGCACGAGGUCACUCACGUCGCUCGAAGUCUUGGUGGUCAAAUUGCAGGACUCGUCAAGCAACCUUUCCCCGAGGGUCGUGCGGAGCAAGCCCGAAAGGAGCUAUGGCGCACAGCACAGGACGCGCAAGAUGAAGCCUCGUUAUUCCUCCUCCAGGCUCAACUGAACUCCAAGCUACAGUGGCUCCGAUGGAGUGGGCAGAUGGCCGAGUAUGAGCGAUAUCGAGCGGCUGCUGGCCCACACUUUCGUAGGAAACAAAAGGAGGCUGCAGUUGCUAGUCGCGCUAGGGCGGAGCGCACUAAGGAGGAGAUUCGAGCACGCCGCAAGCAGGAGCGCCGAGAAGUGAAGCGCAGCAUGUGCUGGGGAGCUUGCAAAGGAGGUUCUUAGGAGUGUGUC